AUGCAAAAAGAAAAAAGGAAAGUGGAAGUUGCAAUAGAGACUGCCUUGUUACCUCAACUUCUUUGGAGAAGAGUUUCACACCUUGAACUUCUGAGGGCGACAAAUGGAUUUAACAAAAGCAACUUACUUGGAACUGGUGGUUUUGGCUCAGUAGUAUAUAAAGGUACAAUCUCAGAUGGGAUAGAUGUUGCUGUAAAGGUUUUCAAUUUACAGCUUGAAGGGGCUUUCAAGAGUUUUGAUAGUGAAUGCGAAGUGCUGAGCAACAUUCGUCACCGAAAUCUUAUAAAAAUCAUCGGUUGUUGCAGUCAGAUUGAUUUCAAAGCCCUAGUACUGCAAUACACGCCUAAUGGGAGCCUUGACAAGUGGCUGUACUCUCAAAACUCUCAUUUGAACAUCCUACGGAGGUUGAAUAUACUGACAGAUAUUGCGUCAGCAUUGGACUACGUACCUUCAUCAUGGUCAUGGUUAUCCAAAACAUGA